UUUAUCACAUUAAGUGGGCCGGUUAUUUUCAAGGAAUUAAAACUUUUGUAUCCAAAUACUGAUCUAGAAAAUGUAGGCUACGAUGAAAUGGUUAAGAAGUUGAAAGCGCGCUUAGACAAGACGGAGUCUGAUCUAGUGCAACGUUUAAAGUUCAAUAUUAGAGUACAGCAGCCGGAUGAAUCUUUGGAAGACUUCGUGCUGUCUGUUAAACUUCAGGCCGAAUUUUGUAACUUUGAGACUUUUAAAGAAAUGGCCAUUAGAGAUCGGAUCGUUGCGGGAAUCAGUGAUAAAGUUCUCCAGCAAAGGCUCUUAAAUGAGGAGAAAUUAACACUAGGUAGCGCGGAAAAAAUGAUUGCCACAUGGGAAAUAGCUCGAAAUAAUGCUAAAAAUAUGGAUUGUGCUGGCGGUAAUUUUCUGCAACAAAUCUCAGCAGUGAAUAGUAUGGGGGCAGCAACUGGGGCUAGAUUUAAACAAUUAGCUGCAACAUUGAAUUUGGCGUCAAAGGACAAUGGAAGUGUUGAGCGUAAUAGGGGACCAGUUAAAAAUAGAUUGGGAUAUUCUCCAUACCAAAAGCAACAAUGGCGAACUAGACAAUGGCACGGUAGUCCGGAUCAAGAAAGACAACGAUCAAAUCGAGCACAAUCCGGCUUAGGGGGAAAUCGUUCCUGGAAACGUCCCGACUAUUCACAGAUGGUCUGUGACUUCUGUGGAGUGAAGGGGCACAUAAAGCGGAAGUGCUUCAAAUUGAAGAAUAUGCAGAGGGAUGCAGUGAACAUGGUGGAGGCUAACGGAACAGACAAUAAUCAGGAUGAAUACUUGAGUGAUUUGGUGAAGCGAAUGCGGACGGAAUCGGAUAGCAAUGAUGAAGCAGACGGUUCAAAUUGGAAGCGUUCCAAUCGUGGCCCAUCGAGGGCAGUUGCGUUUGAGUAAGGAGCGAAACGAUUACCAAAAACCGAUUAUCCGCUGGAGCCUGAGACAACGGCAGCCGGCAUCUAGAGCAGAAAGUGAGGAGUUUCGCGGGUUCUCAGAAAGUGAGAUGAGAGGAAGAAAGCGUAAGCAUGCGAAUGCGCAUGCGGUCGAAAAUUCGACAAACGAAGAAGUAUUGCCGGAGUCUACUCCAAGGCGCUCGAAGAGAUUAAGAAAAAUGAUAGUAGAUAAGGAUUUUGUGUACUCGAACAUUGAUCAUCAUCUAAAAGAUUAGAGUUCCCAGAAUAUGAAUUUGUUUAUAAAAGUGUGAAAUAAUAAUUAGCUAUUAAGCAUCGAACAAGAAGUUUAGAUUUUAAGAUGAUGAGAUAAGAUAAUCUUUCCAAGGGGGAAGAGCUGUGGUAUACACAUUUAGUGUGUAACCGACAGGCGAAAUGACGUUAAACGGAUAACGGCGUACUCGGUGAACCAACGUCGAUUUAGGUA